AUGACUCAGAACGACCUGCAAGAAUUAAGGGAUAUAUGGAAUGGUUGGAAUAACGAGGUCAAGCAACUCUUUUACUGUAAUUACGGCGACCUACCAUAUCUGCUCGAUGUAAAGGUGGACAAAUAUUUGUUUCAAGCCCUCACGCAGUUUUGGAAUCCUGCUUACAGUUGCUUCACCUUCGGAGGAGUUGACUUAGUACCUACUGUAGAAGAAUACAUAGCGUUACUUAAUUGCCCGAAGAUUCAGGCCGACAGGGCCUAUUCAAGACCUGUUAAUGUUUCGACUUUUUUGAAGAAAUUGAUGAAGACCACGGGGAUGAGCGAACAAUGGGUUGCAACUCGGAUCAAGCAGAAAGGGGAUAGUAAAUCAUUAGGACAUGUAGAGGAAGCUGUCUCGGAUUUAUUCAAUCGCAUUGAUAAAGGGACCAUGCCCAUCCCGGUAAUCCUAGCAGAAACUUUCAGAUCCUUGAAUGCAUGUCGGAGAACGAGCGAAGGAAGAUUUAUUAGUUGUGCACAGCUUCUAUUGGCUUGGUUUCAUAGCCAUUUUUGGAAGGUAGAAAAGGUCUCUUAUCGGGUCUUCUCCAAAGACUAUUCCCCAUUAAGAGAAUUAGUGGCUACAUUGAGGCGAGACGACAUCUCAGAAGAGAAAUGGAUAACUAUUCUCCAAAAUUUACGAGUCGAAGAUAUUGAAUGGAGGGCUCCAUGGUUGAUCCUCGACGAGAUCUUAUAUCAAUGCGGUGAUUUUGACUGGGUCCCUCUGGCUGGAAUAUGGGAAGCCAUUGGAUACGCUCCAUUACUCGUGUUAAGACAAUAUCAAUCAAGGCAGUUUAUACCGGCGACACAGGGGUUGGCGCAAUGUGAGUUCUCCUACAAAGACAACAAGUAUAAGAAGAAGGUUCGCGAGAUAUCUGAUGCUUGGAACCAAACACGAAGAAUGAAAGGAUUCACUACGGGCCCGAUGUCGACCCCCGAGUAUGAUUGGUGGUGGGGUAGGAGAGUCAAUGACAAUAUCCCUAUGCCGAAUUAA